GUCUCUGGUGCGCAUGUGCGCAUGUGCGUGUGUGCGCAUGUGCGUGUGCGUGACGCCGUGUUUGUGAAUAAACAUGGCGAACAUUCGGUGCGUCAAGGGCAUGGUGGGCGUGGUGAGUGGAGGAGCCUCGGGUUUGGGCAGAGCCACAGUGGAGCGUCUGAUCCAGAGUGGAGCGUCUGCUGUGAUCCUGGACCUGCCCUCGUCAGAAGGGGGCGCUCUGGCUGCGAGUCUGGGGGAGCGCUGUGCCUUUGCUCCAGCCGACGUGACCUCAGAGGCAGACGUGCGCUCUGCCGUGUCUUUGGCUCGGGAGCGUUUUGGGAGACUGGACCUGGCGGUGAACUGCGCCGGCAUCGCUGUGGCCGUGAAAACGUACAACUUUAAAAAGGACGCGCCGCACAGUUUAGAGGACUUCCAACGCGUCAUCAAUGUGAACAUCGCAGGGACCUUUAAUGUGAUCCGUCUGGCCGUGGGGGAGAUGGGGAAGAACGAGCCUGACGCAGACGGACACAGAGGCUGCAUCAUCAACACAGCCAGCGUGGCAGCUUUUGACGGACAGGUGGGGCAGGCUGCGUACUCGGCCUCUAAAGGUGGCAUCGUGGGCAUGACUCUCCCCAUCGCUCGAGACCUGGCACCCAUGGGUAUCAGAGUGGUCACUAUCGCUCCAGGCCUGUUCUCCACUCCGCUCCUGGCCAGUCUCCCAGAAAAGGUGCGUUCGUUCCUGGCUCGUCAGGUGCCCUUCCCGUCGCGCCUGGGAGACCCUGCGGAGUUCGCUCACCUCGUCUCCUCCAUCGCAGAAAACCCCAUGAUCAACGGGGAGGUGAUCCGACUGGACGGAGCCAUACGCAUGCAGCCCUGAGCGCUGAGGGAGGGCAUCUGGAGCAGGCUGCGGCCAUGAGACGUCACGCUCUACUGAAGACUGUCUCGUUUAAAUAUGCUCUAUGGAACUUUUCUGAUGCAGGAUUCAUCACCUGCUUAAAAAUAUUGUUGCUUGGCCUGGAAUGUUCCACAGUACGGUUUUAUUCCAGUUCUAUCUUGUAUGUGUUCAGUUACAGGGAGUGUCGCGAUACUCGAUACUCAGAAAUAGACUCAAUACCAAUUUUAAUCCCAUGAUGAUACUAACAAAGACAAUAGACUGUGAUUUUCAACAUGAAAUGGUAGUAUUUUCUUUUCUCUUCUCCUGUGGCCUUACAGGUUCAUCUGUGUUCUGUGAGUGGGACAGUUUCAGUGUCGACUUCUGCUCACAGGAAAAUCUUUCCAGACUAGUUUUUGUGUUGAUUAGAAUCUGAUUUUUGGCGAAGUUACCUGCUUGUCUUCAUGGAGAUUGCAAAGUUUUAUGUCAUUUUUGUCUGGAAAGUCCCACAAACAUCUCCGUGGAGGAAAAAAAAUGGAGCCUCCAUCAGGAAAGUGACAUGUUGUAGCUUUAACUCUGAGCUGGAGGUUUAGUCUUUUCACUGAAAACUCACAGAACUGUUUCUUUGUCAUAAUAUCUCCAUGGAGAUGUUACUGCUUUGUGAGGAAUGUUCCACUAUUCCACAUGUCUCUAUGCAGACUCUACUAGGCCAAGUUACACAUCAGAUCUGUGGAUCUCUGGGCAUUUGAAUAGUUGUUCUUCAAGGUAUUUUUAUGGUAAUGGUGCUAAUUUUUCAUCACUUUGAAACCAAUGAAUAUAAUGCCAUACUGUGGUAUUUUACAGGCAAAGUAAUGACAUCUCCAUGGAGACAAGAAGGUGGCUGAAAAGUGACACAGGGCACCUUUAACACCGAAUGAAUUGUUUAUCUGUGAAAUAGCAGUAACAGGAGAUAUGUAUAUUACAACAGUUAGAGCUUUUUGGAAUUUCAAUAAAAAUGUGAAUGGA